CAAUACCUGGUACACUUUCAACGAACCAAGUGUCUACUGUGGAUGGGUUGGCAGCUAUCCUUUCAAUAUCUCCCUUGCUCCAGGUGUCAACUCAUCUACAGCGAACUACCAAUGUGCUUACAAUCUGGUGAAAGCGCACGCAGGAGCAGUCAGAGCAUUCAGAGCCCUCAAUAUUUCAGGAGAGAUUGCCUAUAAGAACAACGACUUCAUUGGUACAGCUUGGAGAAGCAACUCUACGCAAGAUGCUAUUGCAGUAGAAAGGCACGCGGCAUUUGGGAUCGGCCUAUAUGCUGAUCCGAUUUACACUACGGGUGACUGGCCUGAUAUCGUAAAAGAGACCGUUCCCUCCGAUUAUUUGCCCAGAUUUACCGAAGAGGAGACUAAAGAGAUUGCUGGUACGGCAGAUUUCUUCGCCAUCGAUGCUUAUGCUAGUCAAUACAUUGCUGCGCCGCCCAAUGGCAUUGAGGCGUGCGCGACUAACAUGUCGGAUCCCCUCUGGCCCAACUGUAACAGUGUUAUGUUGUAUGAUUCGAAUGCUGGCUGGGCUGUUGGUCCAUCCCCUGAUCCCGCGAGUAACUCGUGGCUACAAGCUACCCCUCAGAACUUGAGAGGUUACUUGAAGGAAUUACAAACGCGUUGGCCAACAGACAAGAUGUUUAUUUCUGAAUUUGGCUUUGAUGAACCAUUUGAAAACGACCGAACUGAGAUGUACCAAAUCACGGAGGACGCAACAACCACGAACUAUUUCAUGACAAACCUCGGUGAAGUUCUUUUGGCGAUCCAUGAAGAUGGCAUACCUUUGAUGGGGACGUUCUCCUGGGGCAUGAUUGACAAUGCUGAGUGGAAUUAUGGACUUGAGCCGAAGUUUGGAAUUCAGCAUGUCAACUACAGCACUUUAGAAAGGACCUACAAACGUGCUGCUUAUGCUCUUUCUGAAUUCUUCCAUGCUCACCUGACGACAAACUCUACUGUAUGACACGAGAUGCCGGCCAUAACCUAACGUGGGCGGAUUGUGAUUUGAAUUCAUCGC